CGAGAUCUGAGAGAUCUUGAUCGACCUGCACGAAGAAUCUGUGGAGCGUGAUGGACAGCAGAAGGGAGUCCGCGGAGACCCUGAGGAACAAGUGCUCGGCGUGCUUCCGGCAGUACAACAAGAUGGAGCACCUUGUGGAGCACAUGAAGGUGUCGUACCACUCGGUCCACGAGCCCAAGUGCGGCGCCUGCAGGAAGCACUGCCGCUCCUUCGAGUCACUCAGGGAGCACCUCAUCGGUCCGCUGCCCAAGGCGGAAUGCGCGCGCGUCUUCAGCGCCCGGGGCUGCGGCAUCUGCCUCAACAUCUUCGACAGCCCCGCCGCCGCCAGAUAUCACCGCCAAGCCUGCCAGUACUCCCGCGCUGCUCCGAUGCCAAAGGGCGGCGCAGGUGGGCGCGCAGUUGCCAUGGCCUGCAAGAUGGUCGGAGGAGGGAGCGACGGCUCGGUGGACCUCUGUGCAAGAGUGUGCCUUAUUGGAGAAGAUGAGAACAUCAUCUUCCAGACCUAUGUAAAACCUACAGCUCCGGUCACAAACUACAGGUAUGAGGUGAUUGGGAUAAGGCCCGAGUACUUGAGGGACGCAAUGCCACUGAAACUUGUGCAGAGGAGGAUCCAGGACAUCCUGUGCAACGGGGAGCCGCUGUGGAAGAUACGGCCGAGGAGCUAUGGAAGGGCAAGGAUCCUUGUUGGGCAUAUCGUGGACCAUGACCUCGAGCGCCUAGGUUUGGACUACCCAGCAUUCAUGAUUAGGGACACUGCAAAGUACCCACCGCUGAUGAAAACCAGCAAGCUGAGCAAUACCCUGAAGUACCUCACACAAGCAUAUCUUGGGUAUGAUGUCCAUACUGGCAUUCAGGAUCCAUACGAGGACUGCGUCGCGGCGAUGAGGCUAUAUAUCAGGAUGAGAUCACAAGCUCACCCGAGAGACUACGCCUCCGGUUCAGGGGAGGUGCAGAAUAACUACCCGGCCUGGAGGCAGAGGGAGAUGGAGAGGAUGAGCCCAGAAGAACUCCUGGCACUUUCAGGAUCAGACUACUACUGCUGGUGCCUGGACCCCUAGACUGAUGAUGAGCUAAAGAGAACAAGGCAGGGCCGGCCGACUGAUGUUGGUUUGGUCGUAUUCCAUCGGUAGUAAUACGUAUGUCUAAUUAUCUUUGGACUUAUGUAUGGUGGGAUUGAGUAUAAUAUUGGUGAUCAAAAGUUGUAUCAGUCAUAUUUAAGAGCAAUGAUAUAUAGUAAGAGGCUUUCUACUU